CCGCCAAACGGAACGGAAGUGACGACGGACGUUUCGAGUGGGCCGCGCGGAGCGAGGGAACAGCGGAAGUAAACGGCCGGGAGUGGUGAGGGAAGAGGAGGACAUACCCAGAAAGGGGCCAUGAGGGACUAUAAAGAGCUGCUGGAACAGUUUGAGAAACCAUUCCAAACCCUGCUUCAUACACUGACCACGGGCAUAUCGGGAGCUACCACUGCUUUUCAUGUUCUACAGCGCAUCCAACCAAAGCAGCCUCUCCAUUGGAAAACGUUCACAGAGACAUUGUGCCAGCUUGAACCAUUGUUGGAAGGGAAGGAGAAGAACCUUUGUCUAAAACCAUUGUUUUAUCUUUUACCGGCGAUGGUCAGAAGAAAUCUUUUGUCAUUUCUUCACCUGGGGAAUGCUGUUAUACCUAAAGACUGUCUGCAUUAUCUCAUUGUCCAGUUGAGACAAAACCCACAUGCUGAUCUGUGGACACAGAAAUUACUUGAUAUCCUGGAGCAGGAUGUAGAAGGUGGACUAAGACAUUUGAAGUCUGUUUCACAAUCAGAGCAAUCUCAGCAGCAAUUAAAAUCUCUCUGUGAAAAAUUAGUGGGGAUUUCUGAGGAGUGCUCAGAUUCUGAGAAAAGGUUAGGGUGGUACUUCAGUCAACAGAAAAAUGAAUCCUCUGAAGGUACAGAAGACAAGCUGCUGUUAACACAGAACCCCAAAAAACGGAAAAACUCCUUAGAAGAUGCGUUUCCCUUGGAUGAUGGUGAGCAAAAUGCAACGAAGAAAAUCAAGUUGGCGCAGGACAUUUCCUGUUUGGAGCCCUGUGUUGGCACUGAGAAGCAGGAUAUCACCACAACGUCUGGGAGUUUGGAAAGUGUGGAAGUUGUCUGUCCACAGGCGCAAAGCCAGUUGGACAUCGUUGAGGUGGAACAGAAAUCACCUUCAAGCACACAGAGGAGCCUUGAUCUGCCAGAAUAUGUUAAGGCUUCUGUAUCCAGCCUGAGGGAUCUGUUUGGGGCUGAAUCAGAUAAGUUGGAAACAUCUGAAGAACUAAGCAUCCUGAAUGAAUGUGACACAAGCCAGCUGGAGAAACUCUGUUUAUUACUGCAACUGUCUGAACUCCCAGAGCACCUCCUGCCUUUGACGUGCAUUAAACUGAUUUCCUUGUCAUCUGAUCUCAGUUACAGUAAUGCGGCUGUGCUGGCUCGGAACCUCUUCUUGACAAGGAUACUUUCACUGACAGAGCCUGCCUCACGCUUUCUAAUGGCUGCCAUCACUUCAUUUUGCAAGAAGUAUGCACGUCCAUCCUGCACAGCUCUGAUUGGGCCAAUCCUUCAGAAUCCGGACAUAGGAGGUAUUCAAGUGGAACUGAUUUGCAGACUUGCAGAAGACUGCCUCAAACCAGAGCAUCUAACAAUGAUUUUUGGGCACAUCUUGUCCAUUACAUGGAGUGAAGACUUACUUUCUGUGGUACAUACACUGCUUGAGAGGAAGGUUGAAAUAACGCCUGAAUUAUUUGAGCAAUUUGUUCAAAAGUUAAGUCAGCAUGCAGGAAAUUUCAGCAAAUCAAUGAAGUAUGCCAAAGUGGUGCUGGCUGCACUUACAAAGUACCAGAACUAUGUAACAUCUGUACACAAGAACUUGCUGUCCUGUGCCCUAGAUUUACACAAAACAUUUCUGAAGAAGUCAAUGCAGGCAGCACUGAAGCACAUUGAUACAUGAAUUGUUUGACAUCCAGAACAGGAGUGGGACAGGGAGAGGAACUGAUUAUGUAUAUUUAUUAUUUGUGAAACAGGCAAUAAUACAAUCCACAAUAAAGUUAACAUUAACUGUAAUGUAAAAAUAUUUGCACUAUAAAGAAAUUUGCUAUUUGUCAGUUCAUGCUGCAAUUACUCUUCACUAUUCACAAUGCAUAUUUUCAGGACAAAUAGCGCAGCUGCAAUCGUGAUUGUGCAGGGUAAAUAAUGUUGAGCUACCAGAUGUGUGCACCUUUUUGAUACCAUCCACACUAACUUUCUUGUGGCACCUAAAAUGUACCUCAGCCAUGUGACUGAUUCUCUUAAUAUUGGCGUAUAAAUUUCAUUAAAAAAGAGGUCAUCUACUUCGAUAUGAAGGUGGAAUGCCUGAUAGGGACUGUACAGUCAUGCCUUCCAAAACCAUUUUCCCUGUUUUAACAGAAAGCCAGUGAACAAAACUUGAGCAUUGCUGAGAGAUUGAAGCUUUUCAUCUUGAAAAUGCUGGUCAGAGUACUAAUAUAAAGAGAAAGUGUACUAAAUGAGGAGAUUAGAGUGCUGGCUGGUAGAGGCGCCAGUGACUAAAUAUCUGACAAUUAACUGAAAUCUAAAAGUUUGGCAAACUGGGCAGAUUGGAAGAAGCAUUUCAAUGAACCAGCAAAUGGCUAUCACUUGGGAGUGGAGACAGGUGCAGGUUAUGCAUAUGUUCUGUCUGUAAAGACUAGAGCAUUGUAUUACUAGAAGCAGCACUUUUGGUGCACUUGCAUGUAAAGUCCUAGAUUAGUUGUCAACAUUAUUCUUUGCACAAUAUCCCAACAUACCAGGUAUCACACCAGCACUGAAAAGUCAUAUACCACAUUACUCAUUUAUGUAGUAGGCUUGACAGCAGCAGCAAGUUAGUAGUAAGCUACAUUCCUUACCCUUCCAGGGUUAAGGAGAUAAUGGGCACUUCUAUUCCUUCAACAAAAAGGAUUGAAGUCAGUUACAUUUGGUAUAUUUAGGUUUUAAUGUACUUUUGUAGGCUUCAGUCAAGUUUAUCUGGCUAUCAGCUCAUUAUACCCCACCCAACUACCAGUUUUCUUCCACCAGCAGCUGAUACUUGCAAAGCAGUUGCCAUCCCUACGGCAAAGUGCCUGGACAGGGGCAGAAAUGCAGUAUGGUAAAGGAGGACAAAAACUUAGUGUACGAGAAUACUAAAAUCAAAUUUGCUUAGAUACAGCAUUUGGACUGGGAUAUACACCAUUAACUAGAGAAUACUUUGGAAAUCACAUGGACUGUAGUAGUUAUUCACAAUCCUAUUAGAGGCUAUACAGUAAGUGUCCUUUGCCAAAGUUAAAGUUCAAAUAUUCUCCAAUAAUCAAAGAUGCUUGUGCUUCCUUGAGCAAGUGGUGUAUUAGUGAGUUUUGAAAAUAAAAGGGUUUGCUGCAGGAUCCCAAGACAUCCAAGAUAUGAUAAAGGGAAAAGUUAUGUACCUCAACUUUAAGCUGUCACCCUAGAGACAGAGAUGCUAAAUGCCCUAUAAUCAUAAAAACAUUUCCCUUAACACAGUAAAAACAUCCCCAAAGUACUUUCAUAGCAAUGUACAAACAGGACUGACAAUUAAAAGCUUGGACAAAGUGAUGGGGCAUCGAAAGAAAAAUACAUUUAUAUUUUUACAGAGAAAAAAAAAUUGGGGGGGGCACGCGGUAAAGAGAAGAUAGCCAAGAGAUUUAUAUAACAAUUCCAGGUCCAUGGAGUUGAAUGCUGCAACCUUCGGGCAAGUGGUUAAAAUUGGGAAUUUACAUAAUCAGGUUUGGAGGAACACCGCAAUAGGGUAGGUUCCAGCUGAGGCUGGGUGGGGGUGACGUGUAAAGAAGGUGAGAAACAACAAACAUUGUGUGUUAGAGGGAGUCAUUAUAGGUCAGCAAGCACAAGAAUUUGUGCAUGGCACCUGGCCAUCUGAAGUAUUAGAAUAGUCUACAGACAGACAACAACACUGCCAUUAUGCCUUUUACAUAGCCAAGGCAUACAAGUAUAUUUUAGGAAAUAUGACUAAAAAGAACUUGAUGAGACAGAUUUAAAAGCAGAGACUGGGACUUGGGAAGGCAAGUUUUGAGUUUAGAGUUCAAUAGCGAUAGCAACAAAUAAAUAGUACAAAUGGCAGUUUCAGGAAAUAACAGGAGUUCUGAUCAGAGGUGGAAACAAGCAGACUUAGCUGAUGGAACAUAUUCAAAUUUGAAAACUAAUUUCUAGGCCAAAUACCACAAAAAGUCAUAAAACCAUCUGGCUCAGUUCAUGAUAUUUCAAGUGGUCAUUAAUAGUUAUCCACAAAUUUCAGGUUUUAGCACUUUGUCAAUAAAAGUCCCCUAUGCUUAUGACUUGAGAAAAAUACACACCUUUCAUGUUUGAAAGAGAAAAUGCAAGAAUUGAACAACUAUUUACAAAACGUUUUUAUUUGGACAGACAUUUUAAAAACAUCCCACUCAUUAAGCAAUUGAUCAAGUUACAAAGUGUCAAACAUCUAUUAAUCCCCAUGUUAAAUAUGCAUUCACCCUAAUUAGUGGGAAGGAAGCAAAAAACAUUCUAUUUCAGUUCUACUGAACCUACAUUAUUCAACUUUGUUUAAUAACUCAGCAUCACUUGAGUACAUGGUUCACCUGCAAUCAACUGUUGGUAAAAUAGCCAAUUCAUGUGAAUGUUAAAUCACAACAGUAAUCAAGGAGAUCAGCACAAUUAGUUUCUGAAAUCAACAUCAAAACUGCCAUAAUGAAUUGCUCAGAUCAUUUAGGUAUAUUGCAUGUGUCACGCAUUUUUUGCAAAAUGUAAUAUUCAUCUAUAACCUAAAAAGACUUGCAGGUGCAGGUUUCAGCAUAAAAAUAGCUAGUUUAGAACAAUCACAGUACACAAUGGGUGCAAGAUAAAUUCAAAACUUGCAUUAUAGAUCAGUGUAAACAGACUUUAGUUACAAAUGCCUAAUUAUAUGGUUUAAGCCAGCUACCUGCAACAGCACUGCCAAAAUAUAGGAUAAACAAUUACUAUCAAUAUUCCACCUGCCGUUUGAAGAACACUGCUCCAUACAGACUAAAUGGCAAAGUCAUCGUCAUCAGAAUCUGAAUCAUCCUGAUUAAAAUCGGAUAGAUCUGAAUCAAAAAGUUCAUACUCAAAGUGUGCCAAAUUCUCUAAAAAUGAAUCAUUGAGGGUAAGCACACCAAGGAGGUGAAGGGCAUGGUAAUAGUCUUCAUCAUCACAGUCAUCUUCCCACAUAAUUCCCAAUGGAGACUGUGGAAUACAUAAAUAGGACGUUAAAAAAAGAAUUUUUAAAUAGUCAGUAUUUCCAACUCCUAAAAUGAAAGGUUCAACCAAGAGUUGAUCAUUAGUUUCUUUGACUUGUUACCUACACCAGCGAAAGCAGACAACCCAUCAGUAUGUUACUGUGCCACUGGAUGAGCAAACUACUACAAUCCUUCAGUUUUUGUACAGGAAAUAGUAGACUCAAUUGUCAAAAUCAUUUGAGAUAUCCAAAGAUAGAACUACUUAAAAUCAGAACAGAACCUUUUAUUUGCCACAGAGGGCAAAGCUUGCAAGACUGCAAUCCAGCACAGGUCCCAAUCUGGUUAACUUUGCCAGAUUGGUAGGAAAAAGUACUAAAAUUUAGCUCAAGGAAGAAAUUUGAUGGGUCACCAGGAAAAUGGGUUUUGUUUGUCCAUCUUGCAGUGUUAACUUAAAUAUCUGCAUGGCAUAAUAAGUAGCAGAUAGCCUGUACAAUGUCUUCAGGGUUGCUACAUUGUUUAGAGAACCACCUGGCAAAAAAAAACAGAAGUUCAUUCCCCUCCCUCUCAGGUGAAAAGUCUGCCAGUCAAAGUGAAGAACAUUGGCAUAUUACAAAAUACAAAUACUAUAAAUUCAGCAAGUUAGCUAGUUUGUACUGCACAGAAUAGGAAUCUUAACUGGAUGUUACACCAAAUGCUUGGAGUGCUGAGGCCAAUUGAAUUUGUCCAGUUAUUUAGAAUGUAUAGCUACAUCCCAAAUGUGAUUAUCAGAAAAAUCAUCAUUUAAAAAAGUCUUAAUAAAUACAUUCCCCUUAAUCCUUUGCGUCCCUGUGUAAAGAUCACAAGUUCAGUUAAGUUAAAACAGGAUGAAAAUUUACAUCAUGAGAAGCAACCAUUCAGGCCAGCGUGUUUGUGUCUGCUUUGAAAGUAGUAUUACUUCUUUUGUCGCCACACCACAGGCAUCCCCCCCCCCCCCCCCCAAGUGUCUGUUCGACUAAACCGGUUAUGAUUUGUUUCAUAUUCAGUGGUCUGAAAAAUAUUUGUCAAACAACGUGGCAUUUACUACCCUCCAAAUCUAUUGUAUACAGGAGGUGGAAAAAAAAUUGUUUUUCCAACCAGUUACUGAUGCUAAACUACAGACAGUAGAUGUGAAGCCCAAAUACAAUCUCCAGUCUUUUUACUUUAAGUUUUUCAAAUAAUUUUUAUCUGCAGUAAAAGUUGUGUUGCAUUUGUCCAGUCAGUUAAUAGGCUUCAGUGUGUAAACACACAAAUGAUGCUACUUUGUACCAAGGUUAAAACUACUGACCAAACAUCAAUAAAGAUUUGAAAUUA